UUUCUCACGACAACAGCGACAGUGUUCAACUGAAUCACCAUGUCGCACCGUAAGUUCGAGGCUCCUCGUCAUGGCUCGCUGGCCUACCUGCCCCGGAAGCGGGCUGCCAGACACCGUGGCAAGGUCAAGUCCUUCCCUAAGGAUGACCCCAAGAAGCCUGUCCACCUGACCGCCGCUAUGGGCUACAAGGCCGGCAUGACCACGAUCGUCCGCGACCUCGACCGACCUGGCGCCAAGUCGCACAAGAAGGAGAUUGUGGAGGCUGUGACCGUUAUUGACACACCACCGAUGAUCGUUGUUGGUCUGGUUGGUUAUAUUGAGACCCCCCGUGGCCUGCGAUCCCUCACCACCGUCUGGGCCGAGCACUUGAGCGACGAGGUUCGCCGCCGGUUCUACAAGAACUGGUACAAGAGCAAGAAGAAGGCCUUCACCAAGUACGCCAAGAAGCACUCCGAGCACAGCGGUGCCUCCAUCACCCGCGAGCUCGAGCGCAUCAAGAAGUACUGUUCUGUCGUCCGCGUCCUCGCCCACACUCAGAUCCGCAAGACCCCCCUUAAGCAGAAGAAGACCCACCUCAUGGAGAUCCAGAUCAACGGUGGCUCCGUCGCCGACAAGGUCGAGUUCGGCCACUCCCUCUUCGAGAAGCCCUUCUCCAUCGACACCAUCUUCGAGCAGGACGAGAUGAUCGACGUUAUUGCCGUCACCAAGGGUCACGGAUACAACGGCGUUACUGCCCGUUGGGGCACCAAGAAGCUGCCUCGCAAGACCCACAAGGGUCUGCGUAAGGUUGCCUGUAUCGGUGCAUGGCAUCCGUCCCACGUUCAGUGGACUGUUGCCCGUGCUGGUCAGAUGGGAUACCACCACCGUACCUCUUGCAACCACAAGGUCUACAGGAUUGGCAAAGGCGAUGCUGAUGACAACGCUGCCACUGAGGUCGAUGUCACCAAGAAGAAGAUCACCCCUCUCGGUGGCUUCGUCCGCUACGGUGAGGUGAAGAACGACUUCGUCAUGGUCAAGGGAUCUGUUCCUGGCGUGAAGAAGCGUGUGAUGACCCUCCGAAAGUCUCUCUGGCCUCACACCUCUCGCAAGGCUCUGGAGAAGGUCGAGCUCAAAUGGAUCGACACCAGUUCCGAGUUCGGACAUGGAUCGUUCCAGACUCCCGAGGAGAAGCGCCAGUACCAGGGCCUGCUCAAGAAGGAUGUGGAACGCUCGUAAAAGCUUUGAUCUUUUUUGUGCCGGUCUGGUGUCAAGGCUUUUCCUUUUACGCACGUUUGGGCUGGUAAUGGUUAUUUGAGCUCAGUAGAGGCUGAAUAAGGAACAAUCAAAAGGGUUACAGCAGAUGUGUGUUCAGCGGAAUGCGACGUGUGAUGACUAUACUCAUGAUGGGAACUACCAUCCCAUACUUUGCCCCAAUCUCAGCGUCAUGUCUUUUCAAGC